AUGAAGCCUACAGGCAAUGCGCUUUCCCUCUCUAAAUACUCCCGGCAUCUCACUCCAACGUACGAUGCCAGGGCGCUGCCCUUGAUCAGAUCUAUGAUCACAAUGCGGCUCGGGUUGCGAACUUACAGCCCACGUACAGACACCAAGGAGGAUCUAAAAAAGCGCUUGAAACAACUGGAAUUACAAUGCAAGGAACGAAUCAAUCUCGUCGCAGAUCUCGAGAUCUCGCGACAAGAAGUGACGACACAACCACCGGUCUCUAUCGUCGCUGAUUAUCGAUUAUCCAGAUGCAAGAUACUUGCCGACAACAUUCGAUGCGCCCAGUCUAUCCUAGGCAAAGCCCGCAAACACCACCAGAUCCGUCAACCUUCAACUCUCCAACACCCAUUUGCGGACAUUGCCUGGGAUAGACUGCUUGGGGUCCAACAACACCGAGACGAUGAAUACACCCUAAGCCUACCACCCGGCCGUUUAUCAAGACAUCACAACAAGCUGCGAGUCCAUCCACCAACCUGUCGGCCCCCCAACCACGACAGAGCGACACUGGGAGCCGACAGGCUACCCGAGCGGGUUCCUCCACCGGGUCUAAACACAACAUUCAACAAAAGAGUAGAACCCGCUCGGGUGGGAAAAUUUGAACACAACAUUCAACGGAAGAAAACACCUCGGAACUCUAGUUCGAACCGAGAGCACCCUCGCCAUAUUCACCAUGCCGCAACGACAGGCGCCAUGCAGGAAAUGGGUGGUCAGGCGAGUGAUUCUCAGCGUCCAGUCACACCAACACUCAACAGUAUCAUCGGUGGGAGAGCGAGACUGGAACCAAGUCCGCUUACGGGCCCGGAUGAAUGGAGGGGAUACUACAGCGGAGGACGCAAAGACUGA